AUGUCAGUAACAGAGAAGAAACGAACAUCUGUACUUGAUCCCGCUUUGCUGCAAGCGAUCACGAAAGCUUUUUCUCAACCAAAUGUAGUAACAAGUUCUCCAUCAGAUCAAUUAGCUAAGCUUUCUGUUAACACUCCGACAACAGCAAGUUCAUCGAUUGAACAAAUCCCACACUUAUCACCGCAAACUACAACAGAAGCAAAACGAAGUGCAGUAACAGAGCAAACGCCGUUGCUAAUAUUAAAUCAGGAAUUCCAAUUGCCUACACAUACGCCGAGACGAUCGAAUAAUUUUUUAAAAGGAUGUAAAUGGUCACCCGACGGCCUUUGUUUGCUAACAAACAGUGACGAUCAUCAAUUACGCGUGUUCGAAAUUCCAUGUGACCGAUUACCGUCGAACGAAGAUAUUAACGCUGUUCUACAUUUAAAAGAACCUGAAUUGAUCUACGAUUUUCAAUGGUAUCCGUACAUGGAUUCAAAUCAAAGUGACACUUGUUUUAUCUUCAGCAGCUGUCGAGACAAUCCCGUACAUUUAUUUGACGCUUAUACUGGUGAAGUGCGUGCAUCCUAUAAAGCAUUCAAUCAUUUGGAAGAACUAGUUGCUGCACAUUCGCUCGGAUUUGAAUUACAAUCUUGCCGACUCUACUGUGGAUACGAUCGAACUAUUCGGGCAUUCGACAUUCAACGACCUGGUCCGUGUGUUACACAAUGGAAUACCUGUGACCGAACGAAUGAUAUUCAUCAAUCAGGAAUAAUCAGUUGUUUAUCAUUCAAUUCACAAAUACCUGGAAUGUAUGCCGCUGGCUCCUAUGCUAAAACAAUUGGAAUCUAUGGAGAUAUGAAUGGAGAAUUGAUCGCAGUUCUCCAUGGUCAUACUGGUGGCAUAACUCAUAUACAGUUUUCUGCUGAUGGAAAUCGACUUUAUAGUGGCGCUCGAAAAGAUGGAAUGAUACUCUGUUGGGAUAUGAGAAAUUUAGGAGAAACAUUGGUAACUUUUCAACGUGAAGUGAACACUAAUCAACGGAUUUAUUUUGACGUUGACCCUUCGUCUAUGACACUCGUCACCGGCAAUUCCAACGGUCGUAUUUUAGGUUGGGAUAUCAAUGAUUCCUCAACACCUGUUCUGGAUUUCUUAGCUCAUAAUGAUUGUACAAAUGGAAUCAGUAUUCAUCCGAAACGACCAUUAUUUGCUACUUCAUCUGGUCAACGACGUUUUGCGGGCGAUAUUCGAGUCACUGUUAGCGAAGAUGAAGACGAAGACAAUCUCUUUGCUGAAUUGAACGUUGUCAUCUAUCUUCUUGUUGCUAUUUUUGGAGUAUCGGGUGCAUUUCAAAAACCAGCGAGCAAUCUCCAACGUCUUACGCCUAAUGUUCAUACAAAAGAUGUUGGUCUUGAUCUGUGCCCCACGUGUAUAGAUGAAGCUGUUGAGGCCAUUAAUGUUAUUCUUAAUGUUAUCCUUGACGAAGGCAUCGUGGAAAAUUGUGAAAAGUUGUGCGAUAUUGUUGCGAAUAAAACCAAAUCGGAACUCAUUGGUACGAUUUGUAACUUAGCCUGUGAUGCUGUCGGUAUUGAUGAAUUCAUCCGUUUGAUUAUUUCGGUUGAUCUCGAUCCAAUCUGGUACUGUGAAAUGGCUCGUCUGUGUGAAAUCAACGACCAUGGUGAUGCUACAUUUACACAUUUUGGUGUUUAUCCGAAUACUGGUCCCCAAGGAACAACAUUCGUCAUCGAUUGUUCAUUUAAAUCAUUGAAUGGAACCGGUACAAGUAUGUUGCGUAUCGACAUUGUCGAUUCGCAUAAUGAAACAAAUGGCAAUGAUUUCUUGGUGGAAGCGAAAAAGCCCGGUACCUAUCCAGAACGAAUUGCUCUCAAAACAUUAUCUGCCUGGAAUUGCGAUCCAUCCACAGGCUUUUGCGAUGAUUUUCCCGUUGGCACAUACAAUGUAACUGCCCAAUUCUGUAACGGUGAAUGCGGCUCACACCACCCACAUUCGGGCACAUACGAUGUCGGAAAAGCUUCCUUUACUGUUACGAAAAAGAAAUAA